AUGGCGGGACUUUCACAAGAAGAUCGCAACAUUAUCAAGAACAAUCCUCUAACCAACUCAGUCGAUCAUUUACGGGGAGCGCUUCAGGAAGCUGUAAAAAUCUAUGAGUCGCGUCUAAUUUAUGAUGGUGCUGAUGAGAGCCUUGACCAAUUCUAUCGGAAUGCGAUUUCAAAACUCCUCACUGCUCUACAGGGAGAGGAUGCAGAUUACAGCCUUCGCUCGCGAAUGAGUAACGGGGAUAUGGUGUCUGAUCUAGCACACUUAGUCAGGCGUCUCCGACAGGCACAAGGAAACUUGAAAUACGACGACUACCGGCCGCUGGUGCACCUGGUUAUUCAAAGGCCUCCCCCCACUGGAUCCCAGCAAGUCGCAACCUGGAACUUCAAUGUCUGGAACGCCGUCCUUGGUCUUAUUGACACCGCCUCACGAGCCACCCCCCCGGCCGCCUCCUCAUCCUACAUCAUCGAUCCAACAGACGCCGAGGAGCUUGGAGAGAUACACGUUGACCUCCCUGGAUUUGUUGACGCGUACUUUGGAGACAUUCCACAACUCACUGCAGUUUCACAAGCAGUGUUGGAAGACUGCAAGCAGGGAGACAGCCCACUUUACAGUGAAGAGGAGGGCUGGCAGGGCUGGCCUGCACUUGCAGCAGAAAGAGAUGUUCUGAGAUGGCUGGCUAACACCAUCACUGAGCUCGUACGAUUAGCUGAAGCACAAGAGCCGUCUUGGAAGAUUGAUCACAGACCUCUUGCACAGCCAAGCCAACCACUACAGAGGUCUGUCGCGGAGAGAAAGCUUGAUGUCGGCUUUGUUGAUGAUCUGAUGGCCACAAAGGACUCCAGAUGCCACUGGUCGCAGAUCCUGGUGCCAAGGGAGCUAAAGAAUGACCCGAAAUACAACAGGAAAUCAGGUGCAUGGUUUGAUCUUGGUAGAUAUGCUAGAGAGGUUCUUGCUGCGCAGGACACUUGUUGUUUCAUGCUUGGGUUCACCCUCUGCAGGCCAUAUCUGCGACUAUGGAAUUUUGACCGCCUGGGUGGGAUCACGUCAGAGAAGUUCAAUAUCAAUCAGGACGGCCUUCAAUUUGUGUCUGUUGUCCUUGGAUUCCUUUUGAUGAGCAGGGAGCAACUUGGGUUUGAUCCCACCAUUGUUGCGACCGGGACUGAACGGUAUAUUGAGAUUGAGAAGAAUGGUACAAAGGAACGGCUGAUCAUUUAUGGGAUUGUUGGACGAGCACACUGUGUUGCUGGGCGAGCCACAACAUGCUGGAAGGCAUACUGUGAGACAGACGAAUCACAGACACCGCUGGUUGUCAAGGACUCCUGGCAGUAUCCAGAGCGCAUUGAGGAAGGAGAAUUGCUGUGA